UACUGGGUUGCCAAAUGCCAAUAUUCUUCAAUGCUCGUCGUCAUCGAACGACGCCGUUGAGAUAUGGAUAAACCCAAAAGGGGGUCGUGGCCUCCAAGUCCAUGGCGACACUGACGGUGAUGACAUUGCUCGCUUCCCUCACAACCUCUCAUUUCUUCCCCAUUAGAAGAAGUUGGUGCAGGGACGCUAUUGCGAGUCCCAAUGGCAGAGGCAUCUAUCUUCACCACAUGCAGUAUGAUCCGUGGGGAAGCUUCAAACUCUCUAAUCCUCGCUGGGUAAAUCUCGAAAGCUUUAAUACCGCAAUUUUGGCUCUUAAUUCAGGUUUCGAAGCAUCGAUUACUGAUUCAAGUGAAAGUUCGGCAAUCUUAAAAAAUGCCAAAAUCGUUGUAGAAUCUGAAGAUGGAAAUAAGCUACAACUAAGAGUGGACUUGACUGGGGAUCAAACACAAAGGGUAUUUAAUCAUGUCCUUACAAACUUAGCUCGCACUGCCCCACCAAUUCCAGGAUUUCGACGACGAAAAGGAGGAAAGACAUCCAAGGUUCCAACCAGCUUUCUUCUGCAGAUGCUUGGUGAAGAACGCAUCACAAAGUUUGUUAUACAAGAAAUACUCAAUUCAGCAAUGGCCGUGUAUGUGAGAAAGGAAAACCUAGAUAUGAAGGACCAGAAUGUAAGAACCAUUCAAACUGCAGACGAACUUAAACAGUCAUUCACGCCAGGAAAUGAAUUUGGCUUUAGUGUUAUAAUUGAGCCUCAGAAUUCAUAAAAAGUCAUGUCGACAUGAUUCUGUCUCGCAUGCCCUUUCACUUGAGUCCGAUAGCAGGCGGAUUGCGCAUCUAUUGCGUGCGAGGAAAAAGUGGCGAUUCAAAUGCAGGUGGCAGAAAUCAUGCAAUCGACUCGCCAAACGUUAGCUUGGACGUUACUCUAGAAAACAUUGUUGCUGCAAACCUUGCCAUGUUUGUGGUGCUCUGCUCAUACGAAUUAGGUGAUGUUAUUAGUGUUUUUUUUUUUUUGGGUUCUCUUCAAAUGCGAGAUUAAUGAAUUUUUGCGGACAGCUUAUAUGGUAUAAUUAAAAGAUAUUGGAACACAAAA